CGCAUGCGCAGUCCGUCCGCCGGAGGUCUGAGGAACAGUCGCAUUCGCAGUCGCGUUCCCUGCCUAGGCCCGGUGUUUCCCGCUCUCGCGGUUUCCAGGUUCCCCAGUGUGCGACUCGUGUGUGAGGUGAUAGUUUCUAGCUCCCCCCUGAGUGUGAGGUGAUAGUCUCCAGGCCUCCCGCUCGUUACCGCUUCACGUGCUCCGCCAUUAUGGCCUCCGUAGCGCAGCCCGAUGUCUCCGAGCUGGAGAAGAAAGACAACUCGGCGGCCGGGGAGGAUGCGGACAACAACCCCGAGGAGCCCAUGGACGAUGAUGAUGAGAACGAUGAUGGCGGAGACGGAGAAGACGAGGACGUGGAGGAAGAUGUGGUCGUCCAGAUCGGGGCCACCUACUCCUGCAAGAGGCAGGACGGAUCCUUCCAUGAUGCGGAGAUUGUGAAAACCCGAGUGAAUAAGCAGGCGGGCCGGGAGGAGUUCUUUGUCCAUUAUGUCGGCUUGAACCGCCGCCAAAACGAAUGGGUGGACAAAACCCGACUGGUGAUUCCCAAACCAGUGAAAGAAGGGCAGGUGAUUAACAGUACGGACCCCGGAACAGCGGAAGAGGGAAAAGCUCCUCUGAAACGAAAAAAUGAUUUUGGCACCUCUGAAGCAAAGAAAGCGAAGGUUGAUGUUGAAAUUGCUCCAUCAACCAAUUCAGCAAUGCCAUCUGGGGAUUUUGCUGAAGAACUGACUUGCCUUCUGUGCAGCGAGCUCUUCAAGGAUCCAGUCAUGGUGGAAUGCGGCCAUAACUUCUGCCGUAACUGUGCUGACAAGGCCUGGAACGGGCAGGAAUCCUUCACCUGUCCUGACUGUAAGGAGGUCAUCACUGAGAAGAGGUACACCACCAAUAGAGCCCUGGCUAACCUGGUGAAGAAGACGGUUGGUAGUAAUGCUUCCCUGACCACGACUAAACCUUCCGAGAAACCUAAACCAUCAGAGAACUGUCCUGAGCACGACGAGAGGCUGAAGCUGUACUGUAAAGAUGAUGGGACACUGAGCUGCGUCAUCUGCCGGGACUCUCUGAAACACGCAAGUCACACCUUCCUGCCCAUCCUGGAUGCAGUGGGAGUGUACAGGACAGAGCUGUCGGCCAUUGUGGCUCCAUUAGAAGAAGCUCUGAAGGUGACUGAACAGCUGACCAGCCAGCAGAGCGAGAAGGUUGAGCAGCACAAGACCAACAUAUCUGAGUGCCGGCAGCACAUCGAGUCCGAGUUUGAGAAGCUGCUCACGUUCUUGAAGGAGGGAGAGGAGAAGCUUCUGGAGCAGCUUCAGGAACAGGGAGAAAACCUGCUGAAAGAGAUGGAGAGCAACAUGGUGAAGAUGCAGGAGAACCAGGACAACAUUAAACAGACCAUCUCGGUCGCCGAUGAGAGAAUGAACGAUACAGACUCCAUCUCUUUCCUCACAGGCAUCAAGUCAUUCAUUGAAAAGUGCCAGGAGCAGCAGAAGGAUGUAAUAGUAGCUGGGAACACGCUUCUCUCUAAGGAUCUGUGUCAGGGAACAUUCAAGGGGCCCAUUCAGUACUCGAUUUGGAAGCAGAUGAAAUCUUUCAUUGUGCCAUAUGUUCAGAGGCCUACUGUUUGGCUGAUUGGGGACUCGUAUAUUCAUUGUGCAGCUCAGCGGGCGUCAGAUAGCCCAUGUGGUCUCAACCUGGGAUUUACUAAUGCAGACUUGGCCUGGAGAGGUAUUCAAGGUCUCAAGUGGUUUGAAGUUCUUUCUGAGGUGGUUUCUGUAAGCACACGGAAUCAGGCACCCACGGUGUUGGUUAUCCACGCUGGUGGCAACGACUUAUGCUUAGUACCACUAGCGGAGCUCAUUUCAAUGAUACGCUUAGAUUUUGACCGCUUUACCUCUUUUUUCACAGACUUAAUAGUAGUGUGGUCGGAAGUGAUCCCCCGGGCGUGGUGGAAUGGAGCACGCAACCAGCCAUCUGUAGAAAGGGCACGGCGCCAACUUAAUAUGCGAGUGUCCAGGCAUGUUAGAUCGAAUGGGGGUGUAGUGAUCCGUCACCGUCAGUUAGAAGGUGACAACAGGGAGCUAAUGCUGGAGGAUGGCGUUCUGCUAAACGAUAACGGCUUGGACAUAUUUCUAUCAGGACUGCAAAAUGCUGUUGAACAAGCCCUCGUUCUCCUGUUAGGUCAGAGCUCGAAGUAGGCUUAUGUCUGGAUCCUGUGGCAGAGUGAAAGGACCUUGUUCUGUUCUGGUUUAGUGGUCCCUCAAGUUACAGUGGCCUCAAGAUGCAAUAUUUUCAACACACAGUGGUGUUUUUGGGCCACUGUAACUUGAAUCCAUUUUCAACAUACAGUGCCACAGACAAUGUGAAGAUCCAGCCAAUCAGCGUGGGCAUUUCAGUGGUAAAACACCUUGUCCUCUUGCACUGAUUGGCGGUGUAGUAGCACCUCUCUACAGUAUAGUACAAUACUGCAUGUUCUGUACACCUCGUCACCUGUGCCAGGAUGACCGUUUGUGCUUCAAAACCAAUUACUAGUGUUUUCUUAGCCUUAUGGUCCCAGGUUACAAUGUAAUGGCCACCAUACUAAGAUUACUAUAAGACGAGUGACAUACUCAGCA